CUGUGUCUGUCUUGUGCUCCUCCCGUGACACUAUUAAUAGAUUUAGUACAGUGUUCCAUAAGAGUGAGUCUUAGUUAAAACUCCUAACUGAUUAUGCUUCGACUUUAACAAAGCUGGUCAUUGUUUCAAAACCUGCUGUUAUAUUUUUUAAAUGUUAUCUGUUUUUACGUGUAACGUUAAUUCAAAUAACGUAAUGCAAUUGAAACAUUUGGUUUAAUUACCAAGUUAUUUUUUUCAAUAACAGUGGCUAUAUGAAGAUAACUGCAGUGUCCACUACCAUGCAUUAUCAACAGUAGCCUAUAAGGUGUAAAAUUCAUUUUGUCAUUGUAGUAAACACCAACAAACAAAAACAUUAUGUGUAAACUUUGUGUUACAGAAAGUUCAAGUCUGGGUGGCCAGAAGUUAAAUUUCAAUGACCUGGUUACCGUCUCUCUCUGCAAACCCAAAGGAUCACUUUCUUGAUUUUUUUGUUCUUUCAACCUUGUUUUGUUCUUUUUAUGCAUCAAGAUAUGUAAUUUAUUGUGUCUGAAGAAUUUUGACUAAUGUGUGUGUGUGGGUGGGUCUUUGUGUGGAUAAAUUAUGUUCAUACUUUAAAGGUGGACAUUUGCAACAGCGCUUGUCCCUAAAAUUGCUCCAGGGGUAUGGUCAGAGACUGUACUAAAUGACAAAUGUUGGAAUAUAAAUGACAUUACAUUCUGUGGACGUCUCACUGUACUUUCAUUAAUGUUAUCAUUGUACUUUAGUUAAUGUUAACUUGUCAACAGUGAAUUAUUUUAGGAUGUCAUUGGACUGAAUGUUUAGUGACUAAUGACACUUAAUUCCAGUAAAAAUAUAAUCCAUAGCCUUGGAGUGAAAGCAGCAGCAAAGUGUUCCAAUGCUAAUAAAAAUCAAGCAGGUUAAAACCUCAGGUUCUUUAAAUAUCUAUUCUACUGGACAGUAUGGGGUUGGACAGAUUUUGUAAUGGUUUUGAAGUCUGAUGCUCACCAGGCCUUCAUUUAUUUGUUCAGAAAUGCAGUAGAAACAGUCAUAUUGUAAAUUGUAAUAAUAUUUUACAAUAUAUCUCUUUUCUAUUUGAGGCAGCAGUGGAUCUACCCCAAUCAUCAUUAACGGGACCCCAGUGGAGAGUGUGAGCAGGUAUGCAAAUGUCCUGCAAAGAGUAGCUGAGCGCAUCUCCAGAACAUCUCUCCCCUCUCUGCAAGAAAUCCACACCAGGAGAUGUAAAUCUAGGGCUGUUAAGAUCCUUAAAGACCCCACACACCCUGGAAAUCUGCUACAGUCAGGCAGACGCUUCUGCAGUCUGAUGGCAAAAACAGAGAGGCUCAGGAGGAGUUUCUUCCCUCAUGCUAACAGACUACUAAACAUGGACAUUAAACACACUGAACUUUAUAGACUGGUUGUUUAGGGCUACCCAAUAACUCUGCACACUGCACUUUUUUGACACAACCUAACUAUGCAACUCCUCCUCCCCUGCAAACACGUCCACUUGGGGCCCACAUGGGCCUCACUUGGGCUAGUUGGGCUUUGGCUGGGCAUGGGCUCAGAGUGGGCUUUGUUGUUGGGCCCCACAUGGGCAGUAGAUGGGCUAAACUCAGUGCUCCAGCUAGGGCUCCACAAGAUAUUAUGUUUUUAUAUAUAUAUUCAAAAUUAAUUAUGUCAGACAUGGAUGCUUUUUUUAACAAUAGCCACUAGGCUAGGGUCACUUUUUAUAUGAAUAUUAUUAGACUAUUAAGCUAUUUAGAAGCCAUAGCAAUUUAAUAGUGGUCUGAAGCACUAUACAACUUUCAACAGACAAGUUUGCCACAGCAGGUUGCACAAAAUGUUCAAACCUAAGCAGUGCGCACUGUGUGCAGCGCACAUCCGGAAAGCUCCACCCCCAUCACUGAGCGAAAGAAGUUUGCCCAGCAACAAUUUUGCCGCCUUUAGUCUGCUGUCCGUUAAGGAUCCAUUACGGUGUCGACUGGACAAAAGACAGCAUGUUACCUUUCGCGAUAGUUGAAUUUAUAAAUAGUGGAGGAUUGGCAGUUAUACCGACCAAGUGGUUUAUCGGGCCUGAGGAGGAUGAAUGCUACUGGCCACCAGCAAGGAUGAACAUGGCAAAGGCGGUCAUAGAGCAACAGGACCCUCACACUGACUGGGCGACAUACAAGUUGACUGUCAAGAGAAAAGUCGCAACGUAUGAAAUUGCCCGCACAAAAUUAGUCGAGUAUGAACAGAACACAGAUGUACCAACCGAAUCUGAUUCUACAGAGAAUAUGGGAAGGGGGAAGCGCAAAAAGAGACGAGUGAUUUUGUACAGUGACGAUGAGGAUGAUGUCAAUUGGUCCGGCAGCCAAAUCAGGCCUACACCUCCAUCCACCCUCAGGUCUGUGCUGACACCUCCACCGCCUCCAUCCACCCUCAGGUCUGUGCUGACACCUCCACCGCCUCCAUCCACCCUCAGGUCUGUGCUGACACCUCCACCGCCUCCAUCCACCCUCAGGUCUGUGCUGACACCUCCACCGCCUCCAUCCACCCUCAGGUCUGUGCUGACACCUCCACCGCCUCCAUCCACCCUCAGGUCUGUGCUGACACCUGCACCGCCUCCAUCCACCCUCAGUUCUUCACCAUCAUCUGCUAGGCCGACACUUCCACCACCUCUGGGUAACCUGAGAUGGCCUGAUGUUUCAACCCAUCACCACGUCACCAUGUCACCAGAAACCUCUCAAAGACAAAUCAGGGGCAACAUGUUUGUUCGCAUCUUAACACUGAUUGAGGAGAUGAAAGAGACACAAAAAAUCCAGGGGAGGAUGUUACAAACGCUUCUACAACAGCGUGGCAACAUCGGCACCACCUUCUCUUCUACCCCCGAGGGUUUCCCCCUAAAGACAGUUAGGGAUGUGGAAAUCAUGGAAGAAAAACUGGCAAACCCAAACUUCAUGUCCGAACUGGUUGCAGCUGUGACUGACAUAGGAGGGGGGACUGUUGACGAGGCCACAAAAAGGAUGAUGACUUUUCUCCUAGACCAUGGCCUAUCCAGGCAGUAUAACUUUGUGGGCCGAAAUGGGAAGAGAGAGUUCAAGGCCUUAAAACUGUAUGAAGUAAUAUAUGGAGGCUUAAAGAAAAACGCCAUGACCAGCCAAAUCACCCGUAAAGAUGCCGAGAAGGCGGUCUCCAAGUGGCUCAUUGGUGCUAGGGACCGGGGGGGUAAUAGACAGGCCCGACAGUCAACCCCUCAACAAGGACUUCAGGCUUCAGGCUCGUUUGAGGUGGAAAGAAACUAAUUCUGUUUGUGACAGUGAGGGAACACUGUGCAAAAGCAUGUUGUCAUAAAUUUUACUUAAAUAAAAUGUAAUUAAUUCUA